UUCCAGAGCAAGGCCAAGGGCUACUACGUCGGCGCCGUCUCCGGGCUCCCGCUCUUCGCGUCGGCGGCCAAGUACGAGUCCGGCACGGGCUGGCCGUCCUUCUUCCAGCCCGUCGACGCGCAGCACGUCAUCGAGCGCGUCGACCCCGGCGACGUGGGCUACCCGCCGGCCUACCAGCGCAUCGAGGUGCUCGACGCGCGGAGCGGCGCGCAUCUGGGCCACGUGUUCAACGACGGCCCGCGGCCGACGGGGAAGCGCUACUGCAUGAACGCGGCGGCCCUGCGCUUCGUGCCCGAGGAGAGCUGGGACGGCUACGCGGCUAAGAAGUGA